AUGUUCAGCAAACUUUUUCUCUAUUUCAGUCCGAUCUCGACCGUAACGAAUCCUGAAACUCAGAAAACUCCAUGGCGUUCGAUAUGGCUCUGCAAUGUCCUUCAGCUUCUGAAUGGAAUUCAAUUUUCGAUUCUCUUCACGUCGAUGUGGCCAUUUCUAAAAACUGUUAGGAACACAACGCUCUUAUAUUUUACCGAUUUUGCAGAUCGCAAAAUCGACAGUACGGCAGAUUUGAAUUUCUAUGGAUGGAUUACAGCGAUUUUCCCAUUGGGUCAAACCUUGGGAUCAUUUCUGUUUGGAUUGUGGGAUCAGAAGAGUAAACGCGCCAAGGAUCCAACAGCGAUGGGUGUUGCAUUAAUGGGGGUGGGUAAUUUGUUGUAUGGAAUAUUACCAGUGUUCAAGAGUGGCGCUAAAUGGAUUAUGCUCAUAGCGAGAUUUGUUGUUGGAUUUGGCUCAGGGAAUCUAAGUGUGCUACGCUCGUAUGUGGCGACUGGUGCAAGGCCUGAAGAUCGCGUUAAGGCACUUUCGAUUGGCUUCGGAAUGUUCGUUCUUGGCCUCUCGCUUGGACCAGUUGUCAUGUUGAUAUUCACACCACUCGGACCGAGCGGCUUCUAUCUGGGCACUCUGCAAGUUUCAAUGUAUAAUCUACCAGCGUUCAGUAUGGUUCUUGUUGGAAUCGUAUCUCUACUACUUCUCUAUACUUGCUUUCAAGAGGUUUACGCCGGAAUCAUUACGGUGGAUGAAUCGAAGGGUUAUGAUAAACGAAAGAUGAUAUGCUUUGGAAUGUGUGUGUUCAUCCUUUAUCAUCUUCUCAUGUUACCAUGGCCUUUUUAUCGUGGAAUGUCGGAUUCACUUGUCGCAAAUACAAGUGCUGGAAAUGAUUGUCUACAUUAUGACUGGUGUAAAUCCACGAAGAAGAUUCCUUUACCCGUAUUCAUUAUCACCACAGUUGUGUUCACUGGAAUGGCCUUUUCAACAGUAGGAGCAUCAAGUGGUGCACUUUUUUCCGAAGUCCUUGGCCCAAGGAAUCAGUAUCAAUUAUUCAUGAAAUUGCACGCUGCUUUUGAACAUUGCCAUAAUUUUGCACAGGGAUUCAUGCAAGGAUUGUUCGCGUUUUUCGGAAGUGCUGGACGCUUUGUUGGACCGAUUAUAUCCACAGCAAUUUUCCAAAGUGUUGGCUAUAUGGUGCCAAUGCUAAUGCUACUCGCAAUGGUUGUGAUAAUUACCGGUGUUGUAAUCAUUUUCCAUAAACGACUCGUUCCUCUGAGUCCAGUUUCGGCGGUCACAGAAUUGGAAGCUCGCAAAUCACCAUGGUUUUCCAUAUGGCUUUGCAAUAUCCUUCAACUGCUCAACGGGAUUCAAUUUUCAAUUCUGUUCACAUCAAUGUGGCCAUAUCUCAGAAUCCUCGACUCAUCAGCAGAUUUGAAUUUCUACGGAUGGAUCGUAGCAGUAUUUCCACUCGGUCAAACCAUCGGAUCCUUUCUUUUCGGUGUUUGGAAUCAAAAAACCAAAUCUGCUAAACAUCCAACUGCUGUCGGUGUUAUAAUAAUGGGUGUGGGCAAUUUACUUUAUGGAACACUGCCUUUAUAUCGUCGCGGUGCUAAAUGGGCCAUGCUGAUUGCAAGAACCGUCACAUUUGAAGGUAAUCUGAGUGUUUUGCGGACAUACGUUGCAGUGGGUGCAGCGCCUAAAGAUCGAGUAAGUGCCCUGUCGUUUGGCAUUGCGCUGUUUGUGCUUGGACUUUCGAUUGGACCCGUUGCUAUGGUAUUAUGCAUUUUUCAUUUAUUGAUGUUCACGCCUCUUGGAGAGGAGGGUUUCUAUCUGGGAGCGUUACGAAUCUCUAUGUACAAUUUACCAGCAUGGGCAAUGGUUAUUGUUGCGCUUGUAUCGUUGUUACUUUUGUACACUUGCUUCCAAGAGAAGUACGCCGGCAUUCUUACAAAUAAAGACGAUCAAGGUCAGUUGUACUUAUCAUUUAUAUCAUAUGCAUAUAUUUUGCCGUGA